UCAGUCUAUUUUUUCGGUGGUUGUUGGGUGAAACGACGUCGGUUGUUAGUGCGAAUUACGGGAAGUAGUGAAGUAGAAGAAACAUUUUUUUGUUGACUAGUUGUUGUAAAAAUUUAGUUGUUUUUCAACUUUGCUGACCAAGGAAGUUUGUGUAAAUAAAAAUCUUAAACGUUAAGAAUAUCUAGUGCCCAACUUGGUGCGAAGUUGUUGCUGUUGUGGAGUCAAUAAAUUAAAAAGGCGCAGAAGCAAACAACGACGCCUUAAAAUCGACGAAACAACUUCAAUAAAGAAGUCAUGGUCCAUUUUAUUUUCUAAAAUGGCAAAUUAAGAAAAUAAUGUUGUUGAAGAAACAAAAAAAAAAAAAAUAAUGUUUCCAAAAAAAUAGAAAAUUAAAAUUCUAAGAAAUUUAAUGUCGGCCAAAAAGUUAUUCUAAAUGGCAAUGUGAAUCUUAGGUUUCUUUUUUUUGGCAAGGUAAAAGAAAAUUUUGUGAAUAUAGCUGAAAAGUUGCACCAACUAUUUGUGAAAAAUAGAAAAUUGUGAAGCAAAUCAGUUCUGAAGCCGUGUAGUGCAGCAGAAAAGUGUUUAUGAAAUGAACAUUUCUUUCAUUUCAAUGUUUGCGCUAUUGUCGUUGUCGGUUGAUGUGUUGUGCGACAAUAAAUCAAAAAAUAGAAACAAAAACAACAAAAAUUAAUUUAUUUUAGUGCGAAGUAAAAUUUUACCAAAACACUUAACAAAACAAAAAACGAAAAAAAUACCAUACCAUCAUUUUCAUGUAUCCGUGUGUUUUGGUUGGUUGCCAUUUUUGUUGUUAUUGUUACGGCAGCAGCAGAAGCAGAGUUAAGUGGUGGUAGUGUUCAGAGCUGCAUGUUCAUGUUGUUGUUUUGUUUUCUUAUUUUGUAAAGAGAAAAGAAGAAAACAAAAACGAAGAACAACAAACAAGAGAACAAAAAAUAGUUCAAGAAGAAAGAACAUCAAAACAUUGUUGUUAACAACAAAAACAAGGGAUAGAGCAAUAAAUAACACACAACAAAAUUUAUAGAAGAAGAAAAGACCAGAAAAAUACAUCAAAUCAACAAAAACGACUGAUAACCAGAAGACGGAGUGAAAGUGCAGUAGAACACAACGCUCUUGUUGCAUACAAAACGAUUCUCACGCCUACUAAUCAAAGUAAACGAUACACCAAGCAGCGUUGAGGGGCCCUACUUAAUAACUACCACCACCCUCACCAGUACUGCAACUAAUCUGCCGUACACAAUGCAUAAUAGCAACGGUAAUUUCUCCGUUGGCCGUCAGAAUAAGGAGAAACGUUUUUCCAUUCAUGAUGCCUUCGAAGAAGAGACCGAUGAGGCUAUACGUGUGUACGGAUCCACGGUAAUAUCAACACCAAUGCGCUCUAAACAACGUUCGACCGAUGAUGUAUCCAUACGCAUCCAAGAUCCCAAGGGUUACAACAAAUAUACCGAAGAUACCACAUCACGUGACAGUGAUUCACUUAUCCAGGAAUAUGGCAACAUCUCCACAGACGAAGUUAGCACAUAUUGUUGGCGGCAUCCAAAGGUACGAGAAAAUUGGCGCACCGUUUUGGCAGCUGUUACCCUGCUUAUUGUGGGCACUGGACUCUUUGUGAUGGGCACAUUUGCCGUGGCAGAUCCGGCGAAUACCUCUCAGGGUGUUGUAUUCUUUGUGGCGGGUCUAAUCUGUUUUAUACCCGGAGCCUAUCAUGUGGUCUAUAUAUGGCUGGCGGCAAAAGGCUAUCGAGGGUUUGAUUUCUAUCAUCUACCGUUGUUUACAUAAAAGUUUUUAUUGCAGGAAAACAAAAAAGAAAUAGAAAAAAAAACAAGAAUAGAAAACAGGCCACACACUCUUUUACACCUACACACACAUACAAAAGAAAGUAAUCUCUACAAUGUUUUUUACAUUAUUUUUGUACAAUUAACAAAAAACAAAAACAAAAUAUGUAUUUAGUUCUUAAAGAGAAAGUAAUGGAUACUGUUUUUAAUGGUGGAUAUUUAUAUUAUAAUUAUUUUAUUUAUUUUUAUUUGUUUUUUUUUGUUUUUGGUUGGCCACAACAAAACAGGGUCAAUGAAAAGUUGUUUUUUUUUUCAAAGUUUAUUUAAAAGUGUACCCACCUUAUUUUAAUAAAACAAAAAAGCAAAAAGAGAAACAAUGCAAGGCAUGUAUGUCCGCUGAUGAAAAGUAAGAAAAAAUACGAAAAAUGUGUAGAAGUUGUAUUCUUAAAAAAAAAAAAACGAAACAAAGAAAAUCUCAAAUGAUUGUUCUUGAAAUUAAAUCAAAAUUAACCCAAUCGGGGUGAAAGAUCUGCGGUGAAGGUGUUGAAGUCCACCUUGCUAUACCAGCGUUAGUAGGUUAUUGUUGUCCUACACCUUCAUGGCAUCGAAAUGUGUAUACCGGUCAAGAUAAUUUGUAAAAUGUUUUAUACUCUUGUUUUUUUAUUUAAGAUAUGAAUACGAAAGACUAUAUAUAUUUUAAAUUACUCUAAGGCAUAGUUCUAAAAACUAAUAAAAAAUAAAUGAAAAUAUUUAUAUAUAUUGAAAA